CUGGUGACCAUGGUGACGACAACACUCUUCACCAACUCUCCUUCAGUAAAGAUGAACCUCUGAGUUAAACAAUAUCUUAAAAUAGACCACUGUUUAGACCCAUACAAGGUAUAUAUCUUCUCUUCUAUCUUGGCUCAUUGGCUCGUGGUGUGGAGCCACUCCCCUCACCGACCUCCCUCCAUGUGAUGCAGCAUGCGGCGGUCAGCAGUGGGUGAAGCAGGAGGGCAGCCCGGUCCGGUAGCCUGGUGGACUAGCUGAGGCGUCUCUGAAGAGGACCGCUAGGAAGGAGCUCAAGACGGGACAGAAAUCGUCUGGCUGGGGAUAUCUUCGUGUACAUGAGGACCGAUAAGCACGGCUUGGUUUACACGAGAGACUCAACAUGCACCGAAUAACGGGGAAAACAGGAGGGGACAGUUUAAUUGAGAUGAGCCCAACAGACUCUUUCAAUGAUGAUAUAAAUGGCUACCAACAACAUCCCUCAUCCAGCACAGGAUCCUUCCAGCAGGAACAAUCAGCGUCUCCUUUAACACCUGAUGUGUGUGUAGAGACCUGUGAGUCUCUCAACACCAGCCUGGCCUCGCUGGCCCCCUCUGACCACAGCGACAGUCCACAGUUUGAGGCUCAGACCUUAGAGCGAAUCAAUGCUUUGACCGGGCUGUCGAGAAAGCGGGCGCUAUUCCUGAAGUUUCGUUCCAGGAUUGACAAAUCACAACACAGUAAAGACUCUGUGUUCUUCCGUGAUGGCGUGCGCAGGAUUGAUUUUGUCCUGUCCUACGUUGAGGAUAAAGAUGGUGAGAGAAAACAGGAGAGGAGGAAGCUGUAUGAGGCCAAUCUAGAGAAUGUCGGCCUGGAGCUGGAGACAGAAGAUAAAUCAGAGUCAGACGAUGGAAAGAAUUAUUUUGUGAAGAUCCACGCUCCAUGGGAAGUGUUGGCCACCUACGCAGACGUGCUGAAGAUCAAGGUCCCAUUCAAGGCCAACGACAUCCCAGAAAACAACGAGAUGCCCAUGAACUGGCUGUCCACCCCUUUUCGCCUGCCGGAGCAAAUCAUGCACCCCGAGCCAGACUAUUUCACAGCUCCCUUCGAUAAGAGCAAGUCCGACUUCUACCUUAUCGACGACAAAGAGACCUUCUUCCCGCCUUCUACUCGCAACAGGAUAGUCUACUACAUCCUGUCCCGCUGCUCAUACUUCAGGGAUGAAUGUGGAGAUAAAGACAAGAAAGGGAUCAAGAGGUUACUCAACAAUGGCACCUACACUGCUGCCUUCCCCCUGCAUGAUUGUAGAUACUGGACAAGAUCGAAGGAUGCUAACUGCGAAAGCAACAGAUACAGUCUCCAUAAACACUGGGCCAGGUUCUUCUGUUUCUUCAAGGAGCAGCCCCUCAAUCUGAUAAGGAAGUAUUAUGGGGAGAAGAUAGGUAUUUAUUUUGCGUGGCUGGGCUUCUACACCGAGAUGCUGUUGUUUGCUGCAAUAGUUGGGACCAUUUGUUUCAUCUAUGGAUUCCUCACCUACGAUGACAACGAGUGGAGUAAAGAAAUAUGCAGCGACGAAAUCGGAGGGAAAACUAUCAUGUGCCCGCUGUGUGACAAGAAAUGUGGCUACUGGAAACUGAACUCAACAUGCAACUCCUCAUGGCAAUCGCACCUGUUUGACAACGUGGGAACAGUGUUUUUUGCCAUAUUUAUGGGGAUUUGGGUGACGCUGUUUCUGGAGAUCUGGAAGAGGCGGCAGGCUCGUCUCGAGUACGAAUGGGAUCUGGUCGACUUUGAGGAGGAGCAACAGCAGCUGCAGCUUCGGCCAGAGUACGAGACCAAGUGCACCAACCGCAAGCUGAACCGCAUCACUCAGGAAUCAGAGUGGGUUCUUAACAGGACCGUUACAGAUGUAAUGGGGAAGUUGUUGCUGUGCUGGGCCACCGUGACACUCUGGAUCUCAUUGAUCAUUGCCUGCAUCAUUGGGGUGAUAGCGUACCGCUUGGCGGUAUACGCGGCCUUCGCCAGCAUCAUGAAGGACAGUGCCACCUCCAACCUGCAGGUGGUCGGCCCCUACAUCACGCCACAGCUGGCCACCUCUGUCACAGCCUCCUGCAUCAACUUUGUCAUCAUCAUGAUCCUCAACCUCAUGUAUGAGAGAGUGGCUGUUUGGAUCACCGACAUGGAAAUUCCCAAGACCCACCUGGAGUAUGAGAACAAACUGACGGUGAAGAUGUUCCUCUUCCAGUUCGUCAACUACUACUCCUCCUGCUUCUACGUGGCUUUCUUUAAGGGCAAGUUUGUCGGCUAUCCUGGGGACUAUGCGUAUAUGUUUGGCAGCAAACUGAGGAAUGAAGAGUGUGACCCAGGUGGCUGUUUGAUAGAGUUGACCACCCAGCUGGUGAUAGUGAUGACUGGUAAACAGGUGUGGGGCAACAUCCAGGAGGCUCUGGUCCCGUGGAUGAUGAACUGGUGGGGCAGCAGGAAGGCACGAAACCACCCAGAGAGUCUGUACAGCCGCUGGGAGCAGGACCACGACCUGCAGAGCUUUGGACAGCUGGGCCUCUUCUACGAGUACCUGGAAAUGGUGAUCCAGUUUGGUUUCAUAACGCUGUUCGUCGCCUCCUUCCCCCUGGCACCCCUGCUGGCACUCGUCAACAACAUCAUCGAGGUUAGAGUGGACGCCUGGAAGCUCACCACUCAGUUCAGACGUCCUGUGGCAGCGAAGGCCCACAGCAUCGGAGCCUGGCAGGAAAUCCUCAAUGGGAUGGCCGUCCUCUCUGUGGUCACCAAUGCGUUCAUUGUGGCCUUCACCUCUGAUAUGAUCCCUCGGCUCGUGUACAUGUACGCCUACCAGCCACAGGGCGAGAUGAAUAUGAAAGGCUACAUAGACAAUAGCCUGUCUGUGUUCAAUAUCUCUGCCAUCCCAUUGGCCAACAAGCCUGAUGACGGGGAGAGCCCUUCCUGGUUCAACAGCUCCAUCAAUACCUGCAGGUAUCGUGACUACCGCUACCCUCCUGGCCAUGAGAAGGAGUACUCCCACACAAUGCAGUUCUGGCACAUUCUGGCAGCCAAGCUGGCCUUCAUCAUUAUCAUGGAGCAUGUUGUGUUCCUGGUCAAGUUCUUCGUGGCCUGGAUGAUUCCCGACGUUCCCGCUGACGUGAGGGCGCGAGUGAAGAGAGAGCGCUACCUGGUCCAGGAGUAUCUGCAUAACUACGAAGUGGAGAAGCUGAAGAUCCAACUGAGCCAGAACGGCCACGAUGAACGUGAUUGUACCUGCUCGCCCAUGAUCUACCCGUCUAUACCCAAACACGAGGUACUGUCAGAGUGUCUCUAGCCCAGCGAGCUGCCGGUCAAUCAGCUGGACAGGAUGGGAGGACGUGGUGAUGUAGAUUGCCCUGCUUGUGUAUUAAUGAUACUGACCACCACUUUACUGUAGUGCCUGUGUUGUUCAUCCAGUACACACACACAGAACUUUUAUUAAAGAGCUAGAGGUUUCCUCAACUCACAGACAUCCCUCUUCUACUAAUCUGCUGAUAAUGAACAUGCAAACAGGUGAAAGUCUCUAUGCAUGCUGAAACACAUGUAAUUUAAACCUCUGCCUCAUAUUUAUGGCUUCUCACUCUAUAUGUUGUAAUCAAAGUGCUGAUGAUAAUCAACAUUUGCUGUAAGGAAAGAAAGUGACAAUCUUAUACACUGUGUCUAAGCAAGACAGCUUACUCUUAUUUUAAUGCAAGACUAUUUAUUUAAGUGCCACUAUGAGUAACCAAAGACUGGAUGCCUUAAUAUAUCACACACUUAUCAAUGGUUAUAUCUGCAAUUAGAAUAACAAUUGAUAUCAUUUAGAAACUGACAGCUUAUUAUGCGAUUUCCCUUGUUCGUAUGUGCAGCAGUAUGAAGGGUUCCAGUAUCAUAUACUGUUCAACUUGAUUUUUUGUUUUAUUCUUACAGUUAACUGCAACAAAUGUGAGUUUUGUUAAUUUGCAUUGAGGUCACAGCACAGAUGUAUCACCGUUUUACCAAAUUAUUUUCACUCCACUGGCGGUUAAAGGGAUAGUUUGGGUGUUUUGAAGUGGGGUUGUAUGAGGUACUGAUCUAUAGUCAGUGUAUUUACUACAGUAAAUGACAGUUAGCACGCCACCAGUUUGGAGAAACAGACAGGAGUUACC